UCAGCUGCUGCACUUGAAAUUUGUCUUUGGGCUGAAAACUGAUUGGGAGGAAAAUGUUAUGUCUUUAAUAUAGGGCACUAACUGAUAAAAAAAUAGAUAUAUGAAUACAUAUAACAUUUCUGCAACAACAUGGAACAUCAGUAUCAGCCUUUUGGACCCCUUGAUGAAAGCUCUGUAUUCAGACGGAACAGUGAAGCUCCACAAACAGGUUUGAAGAGGAUAGUGAUUUACAUUCUCUACAGCAUCCUGGUGCUGCUGCUGUUGAUCCAGCUGAUGGUAACAGGGAUUAAAUUCACACAGUUAAACAAGGAAAUAACCAACAUUAAAGUUCAUCUGAAGAGCAUCAAGAAUGAAAGAAUGUCAUCUAGUUCAGGUGCUACACAAGUCAAAGAUGUUCUUUUGAAGGAAAUUGUCCAGAUAAGAGGCUCCUGCAGGGAAGGCUGGGCGAGUUUCCAGGGGAGCUGCUACUGGCUGUCCAGCACCACCGCUACCUGGAAGAAAGCAGAGGAGACAUGCCGCUCUCAUGGCGCACACUUGCUGGUUGUAAACAGUGCAGAGGAGCUGGAUUUUAUUUCCCAAAUAGUUGUAGUGAUUUUCCACUACUGGAUAGGACUAGUGGAGCCCCAUCAGGAGGGCGAGUGGACCUGGGUGGACGGAACCGACUUCAGUUCAACCCCAACCUUCUGGGCUGAAGGUCAGCCGGACAACUGGGACUUCAGGGAGAACGGCGAGGACUGUGGGCAGCUGCACGCGUCUGUGAAGAGAAUUCGCAAGUUGUGGAACGAUGCAGACUGUAACCUGUCGUACAGGUUCAUAUGUGAGAGCAAAGCAUAACAGGCGGCUCUGAUCUGAAGAAGACAGAAGAUAGGUCAAGUUCUCAGUAGGAGUCACAUGCAGAGAUGAUGCUCAGUUUUUUUUUAACAUGGAGUGAAGCUGAAGUCUGUUGAAAUAAACAUGCGUGUUCUUCUUUA